GAGAAGGCGGAGGAAUAUUUGCACAAUGAUCGUUUUUGUCCUGUAAAUCGUCAGUAUUUGCGGUUUUCACGCUGCAGACGGUGGCUGCGUCACUGAUCAGACACAGCUGUAAUCAAGUGCUCUGAUAAGUAUCUCUGUUUUUUUAAAAACAGCUGGGAGGAGGAUCUAUUUUAGCUGGCGUUUAAAUGUGCUGUUAGCCUAACUGUAGCCCCAGAGGAGCUGCUGUUAUUGGAGUAUGGAGAUGUACUAACACUAAAAACGGACAUAGGGGAGAAAUGGCGAUGGCAUUCAUCGCUAACGCCGUCACGACUGUCGUAGGAAUGGUAACCGAUGUGACGAACUAUUUCACUGACAUGUUUCUGACUCCUCCGCUGAAAGCAACUCUGAAAUAUUUGGAGGAGUCUGAGCUCAAAACUCUGCAAGCAGACCCAAGAACGGUGAAAGCAAAAUCUCUGUGGCAGAGCUCUGGGGCUGUCAUCAUGGCAGUGAGGAGACCCGGAUGAUUUUUGUGCAGAGAGGAGGCUGCAGAGCUGUCCUCUCUCAAACCCCAGCUGGAUGAGCUUGGGGUCCCUCUGUACGCUGUCGUGAAGGAGGACGUUGGCACCGAGAUCCAAAACUUCAGACCGUACUUCAAGGGGGAGAUAUUUUUGGAUGAACAGAAGAGGUUUUAUGGACCCCGUGAGAGAAGGUUGGGUCUGCUGGGGUUUGUGCGUGUCGGCACGUGGUUGAACAGCUUUAGGGCCAUCAGGAACGGCUUCUUUGGAAACAUUUUUGGAGAGGGUUUCGUACUCGGUGGGGUCUUUGUCAUUGGUCGGGGACAGCAGGGAAUACUUCUGGAGCACAGAGAGAUUGAAUUUGGAGACAAAGUCGACCCUGACCAUGUUCUCUGGGCUGCAAGAAGAAUAACAUAAGAGUUAAAGGUCUGUGGAGAACAGAUGAUGAAUCUAAAGUCAAAAGAAAGUAAUUGAAAGUUGUUAAUAAGCUUUCAGGUUUGUUGGUGUUCUUUCUCAGGAUGCAUUUAGCAGCAUGACUUUGCAGUAAAAGGAUGUGAGUGUGUUUAUGAUGGUUUGUCUUUAAACUCAAAAGAGGAAGCAAGCCUGAUGUCUAACACUGUUUCCUGUUAUUAAUCUGUGAUGCUGUGGUUUUGUUAUUUUGAGAGCCAAGACACUUUGACCUUUGACAAAUAAAGCCUUUUUUGUGCUCAA